AGAAGGUCUAAUUUGGCAGCUCAAAGGGGGAAUCCGAGGGAGGAAGCGAAGCCGCCUCCUGUGUCGCCUUUAGGGUUCUUUCUACUCCUCCCUCUGCCCGACGAGGGGAUCAGUCCAUUACAUCCCCUCUUUCCUGUCGUCGCUUGCCGAUGAAAAGUAGAAUGACGGUCCGCAUGUUUCGGUUAUUGUAGUUUCUUCGGCGGAUCGACGAUUACUAGUUUAAUCUUUCAAUCGGAUCGUAUUGCAUGGCCGGGUGGAAGCAGUCGAAAAGGGUCUCCUGGGCCAAAGAGUUGCAUCAGGUAAGAUUAUUCUUAGCAGAGGAUGCCCCCGCUAUUUCUGGAGCGGGGACCCAAGACCAUCUCCAAGCAAAGGGUUCAUGGUUAUUGCAUGCAGCAAGCACAGGCAAUGAUGAUUCUUCUCUACCUCCAGGCUUUGAAGCACCUCAUCCUGCAUACAAGCUCAGAUCUGAAAUCUCACAGAUUCCUUUGAUCAAGUGGACAUGUCCUAUCCAAGUGUUAGUGAAUCCAGAGUGGCUAGUGGCUGCUGGAGAAGAAAGUGCUGAAGUGGCUGUACAGAGUCAAAGACAAGUGAGUCUUCUUGAAGCAAUUUAUCCACGGUUGACUUCUGUUCCUCCAAAUCCUUCAGUUUCAUCCGAGGUACAAGACUCAGUUUACAAUGACUUCCAGACUCCUGUAAUUCCUGUAACUGCUAUCGAAGAUGAAGAUUCAUCAGAACAAUUCGAAACAGCAAGAUCAGCAGCUGCAUCUCCCCAAGUCCAACAGACAAAUGAUCAUAAUUUGCAGGGCAUGAUUAAAAAGCAUGAUCUUCCAAACCUCAAUUCAGUUACGACACAGAUCCAACAUCGUGAUGUGCAGACUAUGCAUCAUGGUGAGACAACUGCAGGAAGGAUUAUUCAGAUUGCGAAACCAGAUGUCGCCACUGCUGCUUCUGCAGCUUUUACAGCAAUCAUGAAAAGCAGUGAGGAUGGAAGCAUGAUAGAUCGUGACCUUCUUAUUAGGAUCCUCAGUAACCCCAGCUUGGUGGAGAAACUGGUUUCAGAACAUGGAGCUCCUAAACAAGCUCGGGUGCCUUUGGCUUCUGCAGCAGUCUCACAUCCUCAUCCCUAUGUACCAGUUCAGGCACCGGCUCUUGCUCCAGCAGUCCCACCUCAACUUCCCCACAUCAAUACUGGAACUUGUUCCCCCUUCCCAGUUCUUCGAAACACGCAGAUGUAUCCUUUUCCCAGUUCCAUGCCGCCCCAAGCUGCGAAUUCUCAUGCUUCGCACAUUCAGAUCUGUGUCCAAGCAGCAGCAAAAGAUGCAAAUUAUUUAAAAGGUUUAGUCCAUCAGCAUGGUGGUGAGAAGCAAGAUUCCCCAGAUCUCAAUUUUGUACAUGCUGCUAAUUACCAAAACAACAUUGCGGCCACAAAUGCUGUUGAUCCUUUUGGGUCUACGCAGCAAAGAGAAGCGAAGCCUAAGAUCCCAAGGCCUUGUGCCUACUUCAACACCCCUAAGGGGUGUCGGCAUGGGGAAAGCUGCUCGUAUCAGCAUGUCCCUUCUUUACCGCGGCGGACGGAGCAGCCAAGAGGAUCAAAAAGAAUUAAAUUAGAUAGAGGAAUUGCUGGCAGGAACUAUUAAGUUCUGGUCAAUCCGACGUUCUUUUUCUUCUUUCUUAUUCAUUCGUGGCUAGUACAUACGCAGUGAUCUUCACUGCUUCCCAUCAUUAUUUUUGCUACAUUUUUUUCAGUGCAAUGUAAAAUGACAAAGUUGUCUAGAAUUCAGAAUCUGUGCAUUGAUUAUACUUCAUUCA